UUUCUACUCCAUCCGACGAUAAUCUAAACUAGGGCACCAAGAGACCUAAAUUCGAAUAUCGGAAUAUGGAAGAGGGAUUGCUAGAAAUCCGGCCGCCGAGACUAGAAGAUGCCGGCCUCGAAGAUUGUGCGCUGCCACUGGAAUCCAUCAAAGAAGCUUUCCUCAAGGCCGCCAGCGCCGUGCGGUCGACCAUUUCCCAUUCGGACCACGAUGCAGAGGGCAGUUGCGUGGACGAUCCGUGGCUGGUCACCGGAGAUUCAACUGAUUCGCUCGUUGGGAUUGUGGACGGCGUCGAUGGAGGUCCCGGUUGUUGCGUUACCGAGAAGCGACCUGAGUUGACUGGCGAUGAGGUUGUCUUGGCCGGUGCAGGCGAAAAGGAAGAGCUAUCGGAUGCGCUUUUGGCACCGGGAUUGCCUGAAGGCGGCGGAUCUUGCGUCGAUGCAUUGGAAGGAUUAUCGAUCGGAGAUAAGGAGAAAAAAACAAGCAAAAAAACAGGAAAUCAGGAUGAUGAUGGCCAGAACGAAGACGGGAAGACUGAGAAACCGAUCCUAGUUGAAGAUUUUGCAUAAACCAGAGAAAAGAUCAUGCCGCAGUCUACUAGUCCGUUUCAUUCAAAAUCUUAUUAUGUUGUUAAAAAAAGAACCAGUCAAUGUAUGGCCUAUCUGCCCUAAUCGUAUGGUAAUAAUAACUAAUAACUCUAUUUGGUGAGCAGAUUAGAGUUAAUCCAAGUAGUGAAUGUUAAUGACAAAUUCAGGUUUCCAUCCCCAUUCUUGUUCUGCGUUCAUUUGAUUAAUCUGGUAGAUGGUGGGUAUUGGACGCAAAUGUGGAUGCAAAAAUACCAAUUUAUGUAUUAAUUUGUUAAGGAAGAAUUCUUGGUGUACA